AGAAAGAGGAGACUGGGCUUGAACGAGCCGGACAGGUUCCUCGCUCGAGUCUCCUCGCCCCGAGCCGCGCCUAAACCAGGAAGUCGCAGCUGUCGGAAACGGUCUCCUGAAGCGCCGGGAGCGUCUUUCUUUCCAAGACCAGCCGGCAGCCGCCACCAUCUCCUCGCUUUCGGUUGCAAGAUAUGUGACUCAUGUUCGCAUAUUUGGAUGAAUGGCAAGUUGGAGUACUCACAUUCCAGAAAAUGAAUCUGAAUUUCUUGGCAUCUAUAACACCAAAUAAUUUGGGACCCCAGAACUCCAUCACUUCAUAAUUCUUUUAAAAUACAGCAUUUCAGUUAUGACUUUUAAUGUGAAAAAAGAGCUAAACAUAUAACUUAAAUAUUUUCAGGAUUCUGAUCAUUUUUGUUCAAUACAUGUUUCUUCUAUAGAAUGGAAUACAAAGAUAAUGCCUUCUGUUUGAAUUUAUGUUUAUCCUUAUGAUAGAGCUGAUAUCCUUAAUUUAAGAUUUUUAAGAUUUUAACUACAAUCCUAUCAACUCUGACUUAAAAAUUGGUUCAAGAGAACUCAGUGGGCUUAUAUUUAAAAAAGGAGUGCAUAAACUGAUGGCAUGAAAAUGUUCUAUUUGUAUAAAGUCAGGUAUAUGGGAAAAGAAUUAACCACUCAGUGAUUGGUAACAUCAAGGAACCAAUGUAAUCAGCAUUACAUUUUGGUUUACUGAAAACGUGGAACAAACAUCUGAACCUGGUACUCAUGUAAAUGGCUGAACUUCCACCUGGGAUUCGUUUGAUCACUUCGUUUACAAAAGAUCAAUGGUAUAAGGCUUUCAUAUUUGUCUUGACUUUCAUGCUGUACGUUAGUUUUCAUUUAUCAAGGAAGCCAAUCAGUAUAGUUAAGGGAGAACUGCAUAAACACUGUACAACUCUUCAAAUUAGUGAGAGGGAUGCCUAUAAAGAACAUGCCAUCCACAUUCCAUCUGUUAAAACAUUACAUAAUGAUUCUCGCUGUGGAUGGAAACCUUUUGAUAAAAGCAACUACAAGCAGUUAUUAGGAGCCCUGGAUUAUUCAUUUCUAUGUGCUUAUGCUGUCGGAAUGUAUCUGAGUGGCAUAAUAGGGGAGCGUUUGCCUAUCCGAUACUAUCUCAGUGGUGGCAUGCUUGCCAGUGGAUUCUUCACUGCAUUAUUUGGAAUUGGCUAUUUCUGUAACAUACAUAAUUUGUGGUUCUACAUCAUUGCUCAGGUAGCUAAUGGAAUGGUACAAACUACUGGCUGGCCCAGUGUGGUCACCUGCAUUGGCAACUGGUUUGGAAAAGGAAGAAGAGGAUUGAUAAUGGGAUUAUGGAAUUCACACACUUCAGUCGGAAAUAUAUUAGGAUCCUUAAUAGCUGGCUACUGGGUAUCUACUUGCUGGGGUCUGUCUUUUGUGGUACCUGGCAUUAUAAUAUCCUUAAUGGGGAUUAUAUGCUACCUGUUUCUUAUUGAACAUCCUAAGGAUGUAAACGAUACAGUCAAAUCAUCAACUAAACCUUACCUGAAAUGCUCGAGUAAAUUCAGGAUUUUGAAGCCAGCUGUAAGCAGUAAGGUAACAGAGACAUCUCAGGAUCCAGAAAUGCAUUGUCUGCUACCAAGCAAUGAGAAUUGCACAAAGCCAUUGAAUCUUAAUGGAGGACAUGAACACUUUGAAAAUGGAAAUGCUGCAAUAAGUUUCACUGGAGCUUUGCAAAUACCUGGAGUGGUAGAAUUUUCUCUCUGCCUAUUAUUUGCCAAAUUAGUCAGCUACACUUUUCUUUUCUGGCUUCCACUAUAUAUCACUAAUGUCGAGCAUCUUGAUGCCAAAAGGGCAGGUGAUCUUUCUACCCUAUUUGAUGUUGGAGGAAUCUUUGGUGGAAUUUUAGCAGGUGUAAUAUCAGACCGACUCAAAAAAAGGGCUACAACUUGUGGCAUGAUGCUGUUGAUAGCUGGACCCACUCUGUAUAUAUUUUCUGCGAUCAGUAAAAUGGGAUUAGAGGCCACAAUAAUUAUGCUGCUCAUCUGUGGAGCUCUUGUAAAUGGUCCAUAUGCAUUGAUCACAACAGCUGUCUCUGCUGACCUGGGUACCCAUAAAAGCCUUCAUGGAAACGCAAAAGCACUCUCAACUGUUACAGCCAUCAUUGACGGAACAGGCUCCGUAGGUGCAGCAUUGGGACCAUUGUUAGCUGGUCUUCUUUCUUCAUCUGGUUGGAACAAUGUCUUUUACAUGCUGAUGAUAGCAGAUGCCUGUGCCUUACUGUUUUUACUCCGCCUUAUACGAAAGGAACUUCGAUGUAGUCUUGACCAGACCUUGUUUAAGGAACACUAACUUUUAGGCAAGAGAUUUAUUUAAAACAAUUGUUUUUGAAGAGGUUAAUCCAGAAAUCCUACUUGAUCCUUCUGAGAGGAAAGCUGCUAUAUAAAAGUCAUUGCACAUCUUUCUUUGGAUUGCUGAUAUCCCUGGAAAUAAUAUUUGCAUGCAAAUCGCAUUUCCUGAAAAGCUUAUACGGUUAUUUUUAGACAUCAGAAUUUUGACUCUUUUGCACCUCCCCUCUUAACUUUGCACAUUAGCAUCGGGAAUGUAACAAUAUGAAACAAAGGAUCUCCUAGCUAUUCUACAUAGCAGAACUGAGCCAAAGAAAAGUGCCUUUAUCUUCACUUUGUCAAAAUAUUAUACUACAUGAUUGCUUUUAUGUUUUGAGAGAAUAUAGAGAUUGAAGACAAAAAGUGAGGGGAAUAAAUUAACUCUGGAUACUUUUUUGUAAUGUGGUAAAAAUGAGCAAAAUGUGGACUCAGAUGUCUGUCCUGUUAUGUCAUGUUUACUUUUUGUUUAAAAAAAAAAACGACUGUUGAAUAUACAAUAAUUCCUGUUCAAAAUAUUCAACUUUUUCUAUUGUUAUUAAUAUCUCUCGUUGUACAAUUAAAUAUUGAACUUGAAUAUUUUUAUAGCUGAUUACUAAUUAGAGGCAAGUAACUUGCAUUAACAGAACUUUCAAGGCAUUUCAGAAUGAUAAUAUCUGUUAGGCUGCUUGAUUUUUGAAACUGAUUGAAGUGGAAAUGGAUUUGAAAGUAAUAUUCAAUAGUUACUGCAGCUGUUGUAUUUAUUCUCUCCCAUAGGUAUUUUUAAUUUGAGGAAAACAUUAUAAAGUAAAUUCAUAAAUGCUGAACAAAUUUACUAGUUGAUAUUGUUGACAUAAAUUUGAUAUAUGUGGGAGAUUUAUUUAGAUGGCCUCUGCAAUGGGCUUGCUGGGACUUUCCCCCUCAUUUUGUUUAUGCAGAACUGCCCCAGCAUCCAAUUUGAAUGGUGUAAAAACUCAUAUUUUCAUGACAAUACAUUUGCAAGAAUCCUUCAUUAUAUAUUUCUCUGUGAAACCUUAGAACUGCCCUGAAUGCAUUUGACUGAUUUGAUUCUUGUUUAUUAGUGCGUUUUGAAAAGGACAAAACAGUAUGCAAUUAUUAAAUUACUUAUUUACUUA